AUGUCGCAUCCCCAACUGCCUCUGGUCCUGCGCAAAGAUGAUCACUUAGUGGUUGCCGUAUACGAUGAGGACAAGUCUACCCUCACGGAGCUGAUCGGGGAAUCCACGAACUACUACACCGGCGACUACCGCGAGUGCGAGGUCUGCUUCAACCCCGCCGAGCCAAGCAUGUUCGCGCACGCCACCACAACGCAUCUGCGCUGCAGCUACGUCAGCACUUCCGAGGAGGGUGGCUUUUCUACCAAACUUCUCUUUGAGCAGGAGAUGCCGCACGUCGUGAUUGAGAUGGCGUUUUCCCCGCGCGGGACGUACUUGGUGACGUAUGCGAUGAUGGACCGCAAGCGGACUCCGGGUGGAAACCUCAGCGUGUUUGACGUUGCUACAGGAGCUUGUCUUCUACGUAGUAUGCAGGCGCGCUGGCCGGCGAUGGUGUGGACGAUGGAGGAGGAGUAUCUCGUUCGGCCGAUGCAGGGAUGGCUGCAUGUUCUCGAAGGGAAUCCCUCCGGCGAGGCGCCGGCGGAAUUCGUGAACUCCAAGCCGGCUGAGGCGAGCCGAGGCUCUCCGACGAGCCCGAACCACGGCGGUGGGGUCUUUUCGUGUUUGAGUAAGACCGACCUCAUGCUUGCGCAGGAUAAGGAAAUCGCGUUUUCAACCUGCCCGACGGAGGGUCUCUCCAUGUUGGCGCUCUUUAAGCCCUUCUACAAACAGCAGCAGGCGACCCUUUCCCUGUAUCGCCUGCCCAAUCUCCACGACGGCGCGCUCUACCAGGUGCCCUUUGGUCGCUCCGAGUCGGCACGGAUUUUGUGGAGCUUCGGAGGGCAUCAUAUCGCGCUUUUGGUGCAAUCCGAGUGCGAUUCGAGCGGGAAGAGCUACUACGGCACGGUCACCCUGCAUCUGAUUGACGUCCUCAAGCGAAGCACCACCACGAUCCGGCUCACCGGGGAUGGCGAAACGGUGCACGACGCGCAGUGGUCCCCUACCCGCAUCGACGAGCUCCUCGUCGUCCAUGGCCGGAUGCCGCAAAACCGGGCCACCCUGUACAACAAAAGCGGCGUGAAGCUGCUCAGCCUCGGGGAGGCGCCGCGGAAUAUGGCGCAGUGGGCGCCCAACGCGGAGGGUUUCGUCCUCGGUGGCAGUGGUAACCUCGCAGGGGAUUACGUCUUCUACGCCUACCCUGCCGGAUCCACCGCGAAGGCGGUUUCCGAGGCGGGUGCUCGACCUUCCCUUUCCGCCUCCUCCCCCUCUCUUGCACCCGUCUGCACGGGUGAAUUCAACGAGAAGUGCAGCUUCCACAGCUGGGCCCCGGAUAGCCAUCAUUUCCUCUGCGCCACCCUCUUCACACGGUUGCGGAUGGAUAAUAAGGUGGUGCUCGUCAAGAAGAACGGGGCGCGAGUGGUGACGGUGCGCUAUAAGGAGCUUUACGGCGCGCAUUGGGUGCAGAUGAGGCCCGCGAGCGCCCACCCUCGCCGUGCGCCCUCCCCACAAGGAGGGGAGUCCGAGCAGGAGGCCAAACCGCGUGUGUAUUGUCCCCCCGGGGGAACCUCCUCGAGGGCCGCCGCGCUACUCCGCCGGCCGCAGAAUUCCGCUUUAGGCUCGGGGGCCGCCCCCGCAGCGACCGUCGGUCCCGUCGGCGCGACCUUGGUCGAGAAGAAGAAGAAGAAGAAGAAGCAUUAG